AUGCUAUUCAUUUGGUGUAAUAUUUUGACAAAUGUUGUUGCGGCUUCGAUCUUGCCUCAAGCCAGCUUUCAAAUUGACGGGCUAUUAGCAGGCGACCCCAGCAUAAUGGAAUCAGUUCCGAAUAUAAUCACAGAACAGGUAGUGCUGCAUUAUGAAUCUAAAAAUUAUAAUUUUCUAGAUGAAUACUUUGGACAAGUAUACUUUGGUGACUACAGUGAUUUGGAAAAGACAAUUAGAAAGCAAAAGACCUCUUUGUGGGCAAGUAGAGAGGUUACAUAUCCAGACAAGGAUGAUAUUACGGAUAUUGUUUCCGGUAGAAGCGAUAGAUACGUAAGUAAUCCUCUUAGUGGGUUUCUAAGUUUUGCUCACUUACCGUUGACAAAUUGCUUUUCAGGAGAAACGAAGUUCGAUAUUGGUAUCGUUGGGGCUACUUUUGAUACGGGAGUGAGUUUUCGCCCUGGUUCUCGUUUUGGACCAUUAGGUAUCCGAAUGGCAACGAAAAGGAUGUCUUCGGGAAGCAUUUCACCUUUCAGGAAGAACUUUAGUCUCUUUAAGGAUGGGAAGAUCGUUGACUGUGGUGAUCCACCUAUGACCCCUAUUGAUAAUAGAAUUGCUCUAGACCAACUUUAUAGGGCAGAACGUGCUAUAUUGAAAACUAAACCUACAACUCCUAGUCUUUCGAAAGUUUCAAGGAUUUUAACCUUAGGAGGGGACCAUACAGUAACUCUAAGUUGUUUGCGGGCGGUUUACGAAAAAUGGGGAAAAGUAGCUGUUAUCCAUUUUGAUAGUCAUUUAGACACAAUUGACCCUUAUCAAAUGAAUGAAAACGUUACUGAAUAUGCUGCUUUGAAUCAUGGCACUUUCUUCCAUUGGGCUGCAAAACGUGGCUUGAUUUCGGAGAGUAAAAAUGUUCACGUUGGUCUUCGAGGGUAUUAUGAAAACUUGAACGAUACUCAAAGAGAUUCAGCCAUAGGUUUUGAAAGAAUAAUGAGCAGAGACAUCGAUGAUAUUGGAAUUGCUGGAAUUGUAAAACGAAUAAAGGAUAGAGUGGGUGACUCAAAGGUAUAUAUAACAGUAGAUAUUGAUUCACUCGAUCCCAGUUCUGCACCUGGAACCGGAACAGUUGAACCCGGUGGAUUUAGUAGCAGAGAAUUGUUAACAAUAUUGGACAAGUUAGAAGGUCUAGAAGUUAUUGGAGCGGACGUGGUUGAGGUUGCACCACCGUACGACACGAAUGAAAUAACUACGAUGGUAGCGAGCGAGGUAGCAAGAAGCUUGCUUGGACUUAUGGUAAUUACUCCUGUUCAAUAA